UCAGAGUGAAGCCAUAUUACCGACGAGGCGUUGAGGAGCUCGUCGUACACCUAUGCAUUCUCGUCGUCAGAGCGUCGAGGAAUACAUAUACAAGGAGCACGACUGCGCUUUGUCAACGUCAUCACCGCCUCACCGUCCGCUCUGCGGUUCUCUUAUAUAUGAGCAAGUAGAGGACAGACAUUCGCUUUUCCCCCUCGCUAGCCACCGCAUACAUCUCACUCGGCGACUCGCUAAUCAAAAUAUCUUCGACACAAAGAGUAACACAUCAUGGCAGCCCUCCAUCAAACUACCCCUUCCCUGAACGAGGUCAUCGAGAGCCUCAAGGAGCAUAGCGUCUUCCCAGACGUGCUCCCGUACUCGACAGCGCAGGAGCUGAAGGGUGUACUCGAAAUCCGGUAUCCAUCUGGCAUCUCCGUCACCGCUGGGCAGAAGCCACAUCGCGACGAGGUGCAGGGCGAGCCGUCUAUACGCUUUCACCCAUCUACGGCCCUCGAUGCAACCGCCACCUACACCCUCAUCAUGACCGACCCCGAUCUCAUGAAGCGCAACGACCCUCUCGACAAGCAAGUCCGCCACUGGGUCCAGCCUGGCCUCAAGCCGGCGGCCGGCAACCCGACCCUCACCCGCACCGACCCAACCGUCACCCACGUCGGUGGGCCUUCACUCGUCCCCACCCGCCCGCCGCACACCGCGUUUCUCCCAUCCGCGCCGAUGCCGGGGACGGGAGCGCAUCGGUACGUGUUUAUACUGGCGAAGGAGACGGGCCAGGACGUCGGGACGGGCGAACGAGGAGGCAAUGCCGACUUCGCGGAGCGUCUGAAGUUCGACGCGACGACAUUCAUUCGGGAGCAUGGGCUGGAAGUGGUGGGUGUGGCGGUAAUGGAAGUGGCGCCGACGGCGGGGGCGGGAGUAGACGAUGCGAAGUUGAUGGCGGAGAGCGCGGUGCAUAAGGUCGUCGGAUAG